AUGAACAACGAAAUCAAUAUAAGAUAACUGCUUUACUACAAAAAAAUUAUUCGUAUUAAACUAACUUUAUUAUACAUAGCUCAUACACAAUCCCAACGUAGUAUUACACUUAUGUCCCAUUAGUUUAGUCAAGGUCGACUCUCUGUCCAUUCAUAAGAAGAUUUAAGAUUAUCCACUAAUGUGACCAAUUCCAGUAUCCUACCUUAAAUCAAUCUUCGUUACAGUAGUGUCCAUUCUCAAGAGUCAAUCAAAUCUCAUUACAAUGCACCUACUCCUUUUACUUAGAUAUAAGUACCCUCCACUAAUCAAAUAGUGUUUUAUCAAUAAAAGCCAAAAAACUAUUUCUGAACUCAAGUACCAGACCGAAUAAAUAAAGCAAGAAAUUUCAAUUAUUAUGGAAUAACAUGAAUAGCAAAUUUAAGAGCUCCAAUCCUAAUUAAUAGAAGGAAUUCAAAUUAAGUAUAAAUAAUUAAAGGAUGACAAUAUCAAUACAAUUAUGGAGUCUUAUCGUUUGAAGAAGGAAGUUGUGCGCUUAAUUAAAUCUAAAUCAUAAAUGUUAGAAGAAGUAAAUAUACUCAAAGAAAGAAUUACAGAACUUGAAUCAAUAUUAUAAUCCUUCAAACUCGAUUAAAAAUGA